UCUCACCGAAUUCUGAUCUUUAGAGGUGCAAAUUUGGACUGCGAGAACGCAGAAGGUGAAACGCCCCUGAUGGUUGCAGCUCGGCAGGGAUACUUAUACUUGAGCCGUGUACUUUUAGAACACAAGCCGAACAUCGAUAAAGUGAAUUCAAAAUGUCAGAAUGUGGUCUACAUGGCUGUUGAAGGGAAUGAUCGGCAUGUGGUGGAAUUUCUGCUAGAAAAUGAAGAAUUCCCUCGACUGCUCAAGUGUGCUGAUCUGGAUGGGAACAGACCAAUUCAUAAAGCAGCGGAAAUUGGUAAUUUGGAAAUCGUUUCGGCAAUUGUGAAAGCUUCGGCUGGGGAGGGGCCAAUGUCUUGCUUGGUCGCGCCAAAUAUGAAGGGUCAAACACCGGCUCACAUUGCUGCAAAGUUUGGGCAUUUAAACGAAUGUGUCAGGUUGUUACUUGAGAGUGAUCAUGGUUUUGAACUGCUGAAGAAUAAAACGGGACGUGGAAAGCGUGCCAUGACACCAUUUCGACAGAUGAUACGAGUUCUACCCGGCUCAAUUACUGUGACUACUUCCACCCUGAAACAGAUGGUUCAAUGUUUCGCGAGCCUUGCGGACUACUUCACUUUUGAAAACGUUUUUGAACUGGCUAUCUACUCGCUUGCAAUUGCAACCACAGUGGACACCAACGGCUGCAUGCGAAGAACCGGUUUGAGGGAGCCUUGGCAAUGGCAAACAGGUACCGCGGGAAUUGUGUUCGCUUGGAUUGAUUUGCUGAUGUUUUUCCAAAGAACCACUCCUAUUGGAAUCUACUUGGGCAUCUUUGGUCUCAUCCUGACGAACUUAGCCAACCUGGCCGUUGUCUUCAGCCCAUUUCUGGUUGCUUUCGCCUUGGCAUUUCAUUUGCUGCUGGGUAAUCAAAUUCGAUUCAACGAUAUGCGAAAUGCCUUUUCCAGCACCGUAUCUAUGUUCAGCGGGGAGGUCGGUCUAGCCGAUGCAAGUCACGCCAUGUUUAAUCGCUAUGAACCGGGAGCGUCUCCAGAAAAAUUGGUGUAUUAUGCUACACUGAGCUACCUGUUCUUUCUCACGUUUGUCGCAUUUAUGUCAAUCGCGCUGAUGAACAUGUUAACUGGUAUCGCUGUUGGAGACGUGGAAGCAAAGAAAAGCCAAGCCAAUCUGGAAACCGUUCAACAGCUCACGUCAACUCAAGGUAAGCGAAUGGAACUAGAUGAAGUUCUUGACAAACUCCGAGAAAAAGUUGGUGCGCUCCGCGUGGCCUUUUUCAUGCUCUCCGAAGCGGUCGCUGUCUUAAACAGAAAUGCAGGAUCAGACGAGGAGGAAUCAAGAUCAAGUGAUUAUGAUACAGACAGUUAUGAAUAA